UAACACAUAGUUGAUGGUGAAAACACCUCGAUCAGAUCAUCAGAGUCUAUCAUCAUCCCAAGCCUCCAUUGUCCGAAUUCAGCAAAACCCACGUCAGUUCUCUUCCAAUAAUCCAAACCCAUCUUCGAAUCACACCUCAAAACCCGCCCUCCCUCUCUCUCUAAAUCGAUAGAUAUAUAUAUAGAGAGAGAAAGAUUGUAUCAAUAGAGAGAAAGGGCAUGUUCUUGUUCUUGUUCCUUUUCCUUUCUGUGUUUUGGGUCAUUUGGGCUUACAAUUUACAUGGUGAUUUUCGUGCUUUCUCGUGAGGAAUGACGAAAAAUCUCUUGAUUUUGCUGCGUGUAUUUUUAGGUGGCAUGCAAUCUCAUGUUGGUCUUGGUACGUCCAUAAGAAGCUGUCAGGUUUUGUGAUAUAUAUAUACACAUAUAUAUAUGCAGAGAGAUAGGUGUUUAUGAUGACGAGCAGUAGCCAGGUUGUGAAAGUCCGGAGUGAGAAGAUCGCAGCAUGCAUGACAUGUCCUAUCUGCAAUAAGUUCUUCAGAGAUGCCACCUCCAUCACUGAAUGUCUUCACACUUUUUGCAGGAAGUGCAUAUACAACAAAAUUACAGAAGAUGAGUUAAAUAGCUGCCCAGUGUGUGAUAUAGAUCUCGGUUGUGCUCCACUGGAGAAGCUCAGGGCAGAUCACAUUUUGCAAGAUAUUAGGGCCAAGAUUUUCUCUUCUACAAAAAGAGAGGCUAAGGAACCUGAAGCUGUGCCCUCUGUUACAUUGCCUGCUAGAAGAAAGGAGAGGUCUCUCUCUUCCUUGGUUAAUACACCUAAUAUUUCAAGCCAGACUGUAAUGACUAGAAGAAGAAAACCUGUUGCAAGAAGGGCUUCUGCUUCACGAGAAUCCACUUUUUCCAUCGAGGAGCCAGGUAAGAAGGUAGAAGAUCAGCCAGAAAGCUCAAGUUCUCCUGUGAAUCUAAGCAAGAUGUUGAGAAAUCAAAAGCAGAAUUCUUAUGCGGCUGAAACCUCCGAUCAACACAUGCCUAAUAAAGGUUCAGAGCAUAGAACUGAACCUUUGGAUGGGAUGAAUGAUCUUUGGAAACCCUUAACUCGCCUGGUAGAAGCUGCAGGCAUAACAAAGCUUAAUAAGUCCAAUUCACAAGGGUCUGUUGCCCAAUCAGCACCAUCCCCCAUCAGUGAUGAUGAAGCACAUGUGCCUAAAGCCAAAGUUAAGGAACGUGGGAACAAAAAAUUCCAUGAUGAUGAAAAUUGGUUAGCUCCUGUACCAUCUGGUUCAGUAAAACCUAGAAAGAUGCGUGGGGGUCGACGAAAAAAAGCGGUUGCUUCUGAGGGACUGAAUAUUUCAGGGCAAGCUGUGGUUGAUGCUGCAAGCAGUAAAUGUGAGAGAAGAGUUACUCCAAUUUGGUUCACAUUAGUUGCUUCUGAAGACCAGGAAGGAGAUGCACCCUUGCCACAGAUACCUUCUAGAUACUUGAUGAUAAAGGAUGUCAAUCUACCAGUUUCGUUUAUCAAGAAGUACCUUGUGCAAAAACUGGAUCUUAAAAGCGAAGCUGAGGUGGAGAUUACUUUGCAGGGUCAGCCAAUCCUUCCCAACUUGCGGAUGCAUAACUUGAUAGAUUUGUGGUUGCAGACAGCACCUACAUCAGAAAGAGUAAAGACAUCUGUUGGCAGCUCAGCCAAGGAUUUUGUUAUGCUUAUAUGCUAUGGUCGAAAGGUGGCUCAGACAUCUUAAACGUUCGAGUGUUUUUAGUGACCUCCAUCUCCCAUCAGUUAGAUUAGCCCGGCUGCUUGACCCAACAUUUAUUUUCCUAGCAUACAUUUAUCUUAAAGAGUCUCAGCAGAGGACAUCCGUGAGCCUGUGGCAUUUCACCACUUUAUGGGUACUUCCUGAUGUUCGAAUAAUUUCCAGCAUUCACACUGCAAAAAUUCAUUGUACAAUGUUUAAUUUAGAUUCCCGAAUGGAAAUAGUAGAUGCUUGGAUAGCGUGUGGCAUGACCUGUGUUGCCUUUAAUGCCUUAGGUUCUCUUUUUAUAUUUCAACUUUAUUGUAACAAAUAAAUCUGUGGCCCAUGGUACAAUGUUUACAUCAUAGAUCAAUCUGAA